CCAUCGUUUUCCCUCCUGAGGGUCUCGGCGCCCCGUUUCUACAGCCCGAAAACCUAGGAGUUGUAUGCCCCACUUGGUGCGCGAUCGGGCCCACUCCAAGCUCCGCGUUCCUUUUCUGCGCCGGCCGGGCUGCAGGGGAGCAGGCGCCCGGCUGUCUCCUGAGCACUGAGCGUCCCAGGCGUCACCUCACACGCGGUCGCCAGGCCUCCCUCCAGCCCCGCGGAGACGCUCGGGGUUUCCCGUGAAGCCGAACCCGGACAGCUGCGGCUCGGGAGGGGCCCACCUGUCCCAGCUGGGUCCCCUCCCGGCGCCCCAGGUGGCUCGGGGCGGGGAGGAGCCGCGCCCCGCCCCGCGCGGCCGCAGCCAACGCCAGCCCCGGCGGGCGCGCGGCGAGCCGAGCCGGGAGCCGAGCGGGGCGCGGAGGUCCGGCGGGCGCCGAGCUCGCAGGCUGAAUUGAUUUCACAAUAAAGCAAGAAGUUGGUUUUGCUGCAUGAAAAAUGCUGGCUGAGAGUGUUGGGUCCAAAUGCACUGUUUCAGAGUGGAGUUAACAACUGUGCUCUUUCUUAAGACAUAUGAAUUUGGCCUGGCCAGUCCUUGAGAUCACAAUGCUACUACUCUGUCAUGCUCUAGUGGUGGCUAUCAUCCAGAUCUUUAUCAUCUCAGAGAACCAGGCGUUUGCCAAGAACAUCAACUUCUACAACGUGAGGCCUCCUCUUGACCCCACACCAUUUCCAAACAGCUUCAAGUGUUUUACCUGUGAAAAUGCAGGGGAUAACUAUAACUGCAACAGAUGGGCCGAAGACAAAUGGUGUCCGCAAAAUACACAGUAUUGUUUGACAGUUCACCACUUCACCAGCCAUGGAAGAAGUACCUCUAUCACCAAAAAGUGUGCAUCCAAAAAUGAAUGUCACUUUGUUGGUUGCCACCACAGCCAAGAUUCUGAACACACGGAAUGCAGGUCUUGCUGCGAAGGAAUGAUCUGCAAUGUAGAACUGCCCACCAACCACACAAACGCAGUCUUUGCUGUCAUGCAUGCUCAGAGGACAUCUAGCAGCAGUGUCACCAUGCCCUACCUGCCAGUGUUUGUCUGGGUCUUCGUGCUUCCACUGCUAUGAUGUCACCUUUCUUAGGAGAGGAGAGACCAGCCCUCUAAAGCACAAGGCAAAAUCUGUGUGAACACUGGAGUGAAGAUCAGUCUUGGACUUGAAGAUGAUACCACAAGGCAGAAGCCAGUGAUUUACUUUGCUAAAAUGUUCUUGCAUGAGAUAAUAACACUGAGAAUGGGGGCUUGGUAGGGACUGAAAGGACCUGAGUUCCAUGCUCCCUGAUCAAUUAGGGCUGCAUCCUGUCAGUUCUUCAAGAAGUAUUCAGCCAGUAUUGUUGACAAGUGACAAAAACCUGGAUAGUCUUGGCCUGACCAGGACUUUAGCUGAAAGGACUUCUUGACCUCACUGACUCCCUCAAAGGCUACCUAGUCAGACCGUCUGGCUUCUGUGGUUAGCUCUGAGUGUCUCUGCAAAAUCCUACCCACUAGUGAGAAGCACUGUGUUAUGUUAGACAACCUAACAUAAUCAACUCAUAAAGAGAAAAGGUUUAUUGUGGCUCUUGGUGUGUGAAGGUCUUAGUCCAUGAUAAAUUGUUGCCUUUGGACCUGUGGUAAGGCAGCACACAUGGUAGGGAGUGCGUGGCAGAGCAAAGGGCCACUUUCCUUGUGGUGUGACAUGGAAAAAAGAAAAGAGGAGACCAGGGUCCCCCAAUCUCCUUUGAAAAUGGACCCCCAGUUACCUGAAACUGCUCACUAUCUCCCUUUUAAAGGCUCUACCUCCUCCCCAAGGCACCCAAGCUAAAGACCAAACUUUUAACAUGCAAGCCUUUGGGGGACACUCCAAAUUCAAACCACAGCACUCAGUAACAGUGCAGUUGGUGAGAAAGUCAACUAUUUAAGAAAACUUCUGGUUGAACUAACAUGAAAUCCAUUUGCCAGUUGUGAGGUGGGGGAGGGGGGAUAAGGCUUUUUAAUUACACAAUGUAAAUGCAUGCUGUGUGUUUCUUGACUGGCAGAGGCCUACAAUGAGACCUAUCUACCAGUGUCACUGAACUUGAAUUUCCAUGUACCAGGGUGAUAUAUGCUGGCUUAAAGAAUAAAAUUCUAUGCCAAAGUA